AUGUCUCGGUCCUCAAAGGACCUCCAGUUUAGCAGUGAUGCCGAGUCCGACCCAGAUUACAACACUGAGGAUCACUCCAAAGUAACAAAUCGCGGAGCUCCAGCUCGUCAUAGUCGCCGCCAACGAUCGGAGCAACAUCCCACAUACUUCGACUACUGGUUCAAAGGGUCGCUCGACAUCUAG